UUUUUAUUUCGUUCAGAAGCGUCCACGUCUCGAUGGGUGGAGUGAGCUUCUCUUAUGCACACGUAGACUAAACCAGUACAUCAGUCCGAGAUCACACGUCAACUGAUCGCGAACCUCCCGCAUCUCUUUCGCUCCGACUUUUCUGCUUUUUCUUGAAUAAAACCCCAGCUGAAGAUGGUGGCCAAACAGAGGAUCCGCAUGGCGAAUGAGAAACACAGCAAGAACAUCACCCAGAGAGGCAACGUGUCCAAAUCUACGAGAGGCACUCAGGAAGAGAAGGCAGUGGUGGGACCGUGGCUUCUUGCCCUGUUCAUCUUUGUAGUAUGCGGAUCAGCGAUAUUCCAGAUCAUUCAGAGCAUCAGGAUGGGAAUGUGAGCGCUCAUCCUUUCCCGAACGUCACUUCGUCGUUCCCCUUCUCUUAUUUAAUCUGUAUUUCACCGCAGCGCCGGUCUCCUGUGCCUUACUCAAAAAGCUGGAGGAACAUUUAUCUUCUGAAACAUUCCAAUCUGGGACCUCCGUCAAUAUCGCUGCUGGGUCCAAGGCAAUAAACUCAAACUCAAAUGACUGUUUGAACUUUUUCUGUGGAAAAAAAAAAACACACACACACACGUUUGUUUAAAUGAAAUGUUGCAUUGAAUUUUCUAUGUUUUAGGUUUUGGACCAGUUCGUGUUAAUUGUUAACAUUAUUUGGUACUAUGCACCUUUAUUGGAUUUUCCUCUACAUUUAGAGCUGAAUUCGUGUUCUUUGACUGAUCGUGCAAGGAAAGGAAGGUCUGUGUAUGUGUAGAGAACAUGAAAAAAUAAUAAAAAAAUGACUUUUAA